AUUGCGAUAAGACCAUUAACAGAUAAAGAGUGAACCAAAGACGGUUUCGCAGCAGCAGCAGCAGCAUUGCUCUAACUCAUGCAUAAAAAAACAAAACUGGAUUUAAACCCAACCUCUUCGUUCAAAGCUUAACACAGUUCAGUCAGUCUCUGCUCCACAUCCAACACGUGCGGUUGUUGUGUUUGUAUCAUCUCAGGGCGACAGUUUUAUAUUUGUCAAUGAACAUCAUAAAAGCGCACAAUUUCUGGAUUUUAAACAGUUAGAAGAGGGUGAGUCAUGAUUUGGAAUGGACCCUUGAAAGUCUUGCAAAUUCAGAGUUCCCAAAUGGAACAACACUGGGGGUAACAUCCUUGAGAAAAGCGCAAAGACUGCAUUACGAAUUCAGAUGAUGGACCAAGUCAUGCUUGAGGAAUAGACUGAGAGUCUGACUGCAGCAGCUUGUCCUGUUGGGGGUCACCACAGCAUGUCAUCUUUUUCCAUAUAAAAAGAUGCACACUACCUGAGUUGUUAUCUGCACUCUUCUCCCUAACCCACCACCCUUGACCUCUGACCUUCAUAACUCUCGAUUGCCAUCGCAUCAUGACCUUGCUGUGCCGUGGACGCCUGAAGCUUUUAGUAGUGUUUCUAAUGACCAUCAUCCUGAUUACCGGGCUCUACCAGCUAUCUGGAAGCCUGGAGAAUGGUCGGUCCUUGUUCCUUCCCCCCUGUUUAGCUGACACGCCCGCAUCUCAGUUCUUAGAACGAGUGAUCCUUGAGUCACGGGUUCGGGAGGUGGAAGAAGAGAACAGGCAGAUCAGACUACAGCUUAGCCAGUCACAAAGCACUGCUACCCACUCAACUGAGAGAACUUAUGGCAACCAGCAGUGGGGCACCUCUGCUGACACUGUACCAGAGGAUGGGUACAACACAGCAGAGGAGAAGAACAAUGAUACUGAGUGUUCAAGAUUGCCUACCAUCCAUAAGUGUGAGGUAAUACAUGUCGCCUGUGUUUGUGCUGGACACAACGCCAGUAGAGACAUGGUGACACUGGUCAAGUCUGUCCUCUUUCACAGGAGAAACCCUCUUCACUUUCAUUUUAUCACUGAUGCUGUGGCCAACCAAAUUUUGACCUCCCUGUUUCAGUCCUGGAUGGUCCCCUCUGUGCAAGUUAGCUUUUAUGAUGCAGAAGAACUCAAGUCUGAGGUGUCAUGGAUACCAAACAAGCAUUACUCAGGUAUUUACGGCUUGAUGAAGCUGACACUAACCAAAGCCCUGCCAUCUGACCUGUCAAAGGUUAUUGUCCUGGAUACAGACAUAACAUUUGCCACUGAUAUUGCUGAGCUCUGGGGUAUUUUCCGAAAGUUUACUGAUAAACAGGUUAUUGGUCUGGUGGAGAAUCAGAGUGACUGGUACCUUGGAAACCUGUGGAAAAAUCACAAACCGUGGCCUGCACUCGGCCGAGGCUUUAACACAGGUGUCAUUCUUUUAUACCUGGAGCGGUUGCGACGAAUCAAAUGGGAGCAGAUGUGGCGUUUGACAGCAGAGAAAGAGUUAAUGAGCAUGCUCAGUACAUCUCUAGCUGACCAGGACAUCUUCAAUGCGUUCAUAAAGCAGAACCCAGACUUGGUCCACCAGUUGCCCUGCUUAUGGAAUGUUCAGUUGUCUGAUCAUACUCGCUCCGAGCUGUGCUACACUGAGGUUUCUGACCUCAAGGUAAUCCACUGGAACUCGCCAAAGAAGCUUCGUGUGAAGAAUAAGCAUGUCGAGUUUUUCAGAAACCUUUAUCUGACCUUCUUGGAGUAUGAUGGGAACCUGCUCCGACGGGAGUUGUUUGGUUGCUCAAGUCAGCCCAGCCAAGACAUUAUACAGCUGCAGAUUGCUCUGGAGGAGCUGGAUGAGGAUGAUCAGUGUUAUGACUUCCGCCGCGAGCGACUCACCAUUCACAGAGUCCAUCUUUACUUCCUACAGUAUGAAUAUACACCGACAGAGGAAGAGAAUGAUGUUACUCUCGUCGCUCAACUUUCCAUGGAUAGGCUACAGAUGCUGGAGGCCAUUUGCAAGCACUGGGAAGGACCCAUCAGUCUGGCGCUUUAUAUGUCUGACACAGAAGCUCAGCAAUUCUUACGCUAUGCUCAAGCCUCAGAGGUCCUAAAAAAACGCAAGAACGUUGGCUAUCACAUAGUUUAUAAAGAAGGCCAGUUCUACCCUGUCAACUUAGUGAGGAAUAUCGCCCUGAAGAAUGCAAACACCCCCUAUGUUUUCCUGACGGAUGUGGACUUCUUACCAAUGUAUGGUCUCUAUGAUUACCUCAGAAAAACUGUCAUGGAGUUGGAUUUGGCAAAUCAUAAGAAGGCUUUGGUGGUUCCAGCUUUCGAGACACUGCGUUAUCGCUUAUCCUUCCCCAAAUCCAAAGCAGAGCUACUCUCCAUGCUGGACAUGGGAACACUCUAUACCUUCAGGUAUCAUGUGUGGCCUAGAGGCCACGCCCCUUCCAACUAUGCCAAAUGGAGGACAUCCACCACACCAUAUAAUGUUGACUGGGAGCCAGACUUUGAACCUUAUGUUGUAGUGAAACGACAUUGUCCAGAAUAUGAUCAGCGCUUUUUGGGCUUUGGGUGGAACAAAGUUUCUCAUACCAUCGAGCUGGAUGCACAGGAGUAUGACCUUACGGUUCUCCCAAAUGCUUUCAUGAUCCACAUGCCCCAUGCACCCAGCUUUGACAUCUCCAAGUUUCGCUCUAGUCUUAGCUACCGCAGCUGCCUGAAGACCCUAAAAGAGGAAUUCCACCAAGACAUGUCCAGGAAGUAUGGCUCAGCUGCUCUCAAGUACCUCACCGCAGAGAGGAACAUCUAAACAAUGCUGUCAGACACUUUUUCAUGAGAGACAGAGCUUGCACAUAAAUUGAUUUAAUCCCCUGCCAUGGCCAACACCAAGUGCAAGUAUGAUGGUAAAACUUAUAGCCCAUUUCAAACAUUCUGGGACCCUAUGCUAAAAUCAUCGUGAUAAGUUUAACGAUACAGUGGAUACCCUGAUUUGGAGGAUUCACUGGGCUAACCCUUCGUUGAUAUUGAAUGAACAAGCUUUAAAAUAUGCUUAAACUACAGUACGUCGUGAUUUGAUCUGACAAUCAGAGAUAUUUCAAAUAGACGUGAUCGAGUGAACAGUACUCACUGAUACCUGGAAACCAAGAUCAUGGGCGCAAAGCAAGCAACACACUAAUUUGGGGCGGUGAUUUACAUUCAGAAGGUGAAUUGGUUGUAGAGGUCAGUCAAACUGGAGGAAAUGUUUAGGCCUUAUGACUUUUAGUAUUUACAAAGAUUUUUUUAUAUUUUCACAUUUACAGUGUUAAACGUAAACUCAUGAACUUAUACAAGUGAUUUUCAGACCUUUGAAAUGUUAUCCAUCCAAGACCAAUGGAAUUAAUUUAAACAACAUUUAGCUUCAAGCGAUGUCUGUGUCUCCAUGUGUGUGUGUGUGUGGGGGGGGUGCGUGCGUGUGUGUGUGUGUGUGUGUGUGUGUGUGUGUGUAUUUAUAUACUGUAUACAUAAUAUCCACGUACAUUAUAAAAUCACAAAUUUCUAGCGUCAUGAGGGUUAUUCUGGCUAAAGUAUGAAUGACUAAAAAUGUUCUCGUCACCACCUGUACCACGUUCUGCGGCAAUUUCCCAUAAAGAAUAAUAAGAAUGGUUAUCUCACUAAUCCUUACUAGUGACAUAAUAAGACAGACAAUGCAUCAGUGACUGAGACCAACUUACAUUAGUUUUCUCCAGAAGCUGUCAUCGUGUACAGUAUGUAUAAGUCAGUGGUUCCCAAAGUCAACCUGGGCCCCAGUGAGUCAUUCAAAAAGCUCCUGGACCCCCAACCUCAACUUUCGCCAAUAAUGUAGUGCUGGACACAGCUAUGUCAUUCUGGUACAAAGAAAUACUCAAUUUUAGUGGCUCACAUGCUCUUUCUUAGGAUUGAUAGGAUUAGAAACACAGCGAGACAGAAGAAAACAAUUUUUUUUUGUUCUUUUCUUCAGAAAAAUAUUUUAUUAUUAUUCUGUCUUAGACAUCGUGUCGCGGACCCCCUGGAAAGACAUUUUUCACCCCCUGGGGGUCCGUGGACGCCACUUUGGGAACCACUGGUAUAAGUGAAGGGCAUGAGAUGUUAAAUUUUCUUUAUAUUUUGCAUUAGUCUGAUUCACUGGAUAUGUUUAAUCUACUGAGCCCUUUCAACAAGUUUUGUGGAGUGCAAUUUAAAAUUAUAAAGCACUUACAUAAAAUCCCAUCACAAUUCAGAGACCAGUGUACGUAAUAUUUCAUAUACAAAUCGACAAUUGUGGUGUUUGUUUUCCACCCUAUAUUCCACAAUUCCAAUUAACCAUCUAUUGGUGCUGAGGAAAAUGUUAGCUUGUUCAUGAGGCUGUAAACAGCAGUGUAAACAACAUUUUUUAAAAUCAUCUGUCAAGUGAUACUUUGGUCACAGGAUAAUAUGAACUAUCACUCACAUUUAGCUGGCCCCACAUAUUCCACCUACUCCCUUUUUUCAAUCUUCUUUUUCACUGGUAGUUCUUCUUUCCCCAUUCAUUAUCUAUUUCUUUUUUUAUUUGCAACAGUAUAAUGAUCCGUCCGUCCAUCCAUCCAUCCAUCCAUCCAUCCAUCCAUCCAUCCAUCCCUCCAUUUUCUGAGCCGCUCAUCCUUAUGAGGGUCAUGGGAGUGCUGGAGUCUAUCCCAGCUGUCAUUGGGCAGGAGGCGGGGUACACCCUGAACUGGUUUCCAGCCAAUUACAGGGCACAUUGAGAUAGACAAGAGUCACAAUCACAAUCACACGUAAGGGCAAUUUUAUGGGAUGUGGGAGGAAAACACGGAGAAAGCCUGCUCAUGCAUGGGGAGAACAUGCAAACUCCGCACAGGUGGGCCGGGAUCGAACUCUGAUACUGGUCAUGUAGGGACCAAACAACCCAUGUGGGUGUCUGGUACUUUGUACUGCCACACAUCCCACCCACACUCCCACCCCCCAAAGGACUCUAUGGGGGACUUGGUCAAAUGGCUUCUUGAAGUUAACAGAGUAGAUGUAUAUUAGUCUUGUGAACUCUUGUCCACCCUGCAGGGUCCUAUUAGGGUUUCAACCUAGUGCACUGUUCCAUGACCAGGACAAAAACCACACUGCUCCUCCUGAAUCUGCAGUUUGACUUGCUGACAGACACUCCUCUUCAGAACAUCUGAAUAGACUUUACAGGGAGGCUAAGAAAGUGUGAGCUCCUUCUAGUUGGAACACAACCUCUGGUUCCCUUUCUUAAAAACGGGUACCACGCCCACCCUGGUCCACCAAGCCAAAGGCAGUGUCCCUGAUGUUUCCAGUAUUUAGGAAUUUAGGGGCACGUCUCCUCCACCCCCAGGUCGGUGCCAUUGAGAAUUUUUCAGACCACCUCAGUGACCAAAACCCUGGAGACAGGAGAAUCAAACUUCUUUUACACCACAGACUGGUUUCAUGUCUAGAUAUAUUUUGAAGGACUGGCAUAUAGAUAUAUUUGAAAAUAUUCAGUUGAACUGAGAGAGGAAAUAACAUGCUGAAUAGAUUUCAUUCAACACGUUCAGUCAAAAUAUUCUUUUGAAUGUUCGCUCAUGAAAUGAUACAACACUACAAUCCCCAAGUACUCUAUGUAGAAGCAUAACUUUUUAGAGUUUAUCUAACCAGGUGACUUAACAUAGCAUUGUAGAGACUUAAAUUCAGCCAUGUGACCAAUGAAGCAACAAAAUGACUGAUACCACUUAAGUAUACGAUUUCGUUUACUUACUUAUGUCAAACUAAGGUGUAAUACCUUCACCAUACUGAAUACUGUAUGCACCAAAAAAAAAAAAGAUGGUGAAAUCUGACUUUGAGCUGGAAAAGCUUGAUAAAUUUGCUCAAAUGUAAAGUAUUUUAUUCAAUGAAUUCAAUUAUGUUGAUUUUUAAAACAGAGUUUUGGUUCAAAAGAAUCAAACAUAGUCCAUCAAAUGCCUAACAAUCCAAAGAAAAAUAUGGUACCAAAUAAAAAUUGCCUUGGUCAGGCACAUUGCUUCCCUCCAUGCAGUUGAAGGUUUUGGUACAGUGGAUAUGAAAGUUUACGCAUUGCCUGUUCAAAUACCAGGUUUUAAAAUAGAACAAGAUACAGCAAAUCAUUUAAAAAUGUAUUUCCACCAUUUAUGACCAUUAGUCCCUCUUCUUCUUUGCCUUUCGGCUUGUCCCGUUAGGGGUCGCCACACCGUGUCAUCUUUUUCCAUCGUUUUUCCUCUCGCUCUUUUCCCUGGCAGCACCAUCCUCAGCACCCUUCUACCAGUAUCCUCACUAUCUCGCCUCUGAACAUGUCCAAACCAUCGAACUCUGCUCUCUCAAACCUUUUCUCCAAAACAUCCAACUUUGGCUGUCCCUCUAAUGACCAUUAGUCUCUGCAACUCAGAAAAAAAAAUUAAACCAAUAUGCUACACUAUAGGUAUGGCCGUAACAGCACAGCCUUGGUGUCAUCGGCCCAUCAAACAUUUUCCAACAUGCUAAGGAAGAUUUCAAGUUUCUCUGUACAAAAUCCAGCCAGACAAGCAGCAAGAUUUCCUUUGUAAGAUAAAGGUCUGCCUUGGUACUCUACCCCUUUGCCCAGAUAAAUAUAAUAGAAGAUUGUUGUUGACAGAUAUACAGCCAGUAUUUUGAACCCUUCUCCUGACCGAUACAUUUGAACAAUGAGAUCCUUUUGAUGCUGUGGAAACUCUCUGGACCCUGGCUUGCACUGAAAGACUACAAAAAUGCCUGGAAUCUAGGAAUUUAUACCGUAGGAAAAUAAAUGAUGAACCAACACCAUUUUUAUGGUGGAUACCAAUGUUUCACUAGUAGACGAUUGUAUGAUCCUGAAAUUGCAAGUAUAGAUUUGAAAACAGAGUGUUUCAAUCCUCUCUCUAAACCUCUGUACUUCUUUGGUGUUUUAUGGCCUCAGGUCUUCCAGUACCCGCAUUCAUUUAUUAGAACAGGUUAACAGAAACAAUCCAGAUCUUGAGUAGAUGCAGUGAGGCCUUAACCAUGAGGCAACCACAUCAUCCAUGAACAUGAAUUAUGAAAAGUUCUGCUCCAACCCUUCUGUAAUCAAUGCCACAUUCACUUCUCCCUGAUUGUGGUAAAUGCUAUACUGUAGUGCCUUUGCUGUGUUGUGAAACUGUGUAUUAAUUGUAAUAAGAGGGCCUGAGCUCAGCCACUCUCUUUAUUAUUGGAUUGGAUUAUUAUUUUUCUAUGUAUGUGCUUUAAAUAAAGAUGCCCUUCUGUAAUAAUUUGGAAAUGGCUAUUCUGUAUCAUAACAGUGCAACACGAUAUCAAACAAGUCAGUGUCUUAUAUGAGUUUGUUUAUAAAUUUAAAUAGUGUUUUGUCAAAGUUGAAUAAUUCCAUUUAUUACAAAUGAUGAUAUUUUUAAUGCUUACUGAUGCAAUCUGUCACGUCUUAUUUCAUAAGAAGUUGCGUAGAAUAAAUCAAAUUUCUGGUCCCAAAAGAAACAUUUUGAAUAAAUCUGAAGGUUAAAUUCACACAGUUAAUUGGAUUAAUUUAAUGAGCAUGCUACUGAACCAGACUGUCCAGAACAGGCGGCUCAGCCUACAAUAGCGACCUUGGCCCAACCAAACUUACAAUCCUUAGUUGUUGAUCACUCAACUCCUGCAUUGACCAAGAAUGCAGUUAGCACUGAGGACGAACAUGAAAUGCAGGACAAAUUGACAACAUACUUUGAAUAUAACUUGAGACCCCGGUGCAGGUGGACCAAUGUGUCUCUCAACUCCAGGGGUCACCAAUGCGGUGGCCAAAACGAAAACAGUAAAAGCACACAGCCAGGAAAACCAAUGAGUGGCUCCGUAAGAAGCAUAUCAAGGUUCUGGCGUGGCCUAGCCAGUCUCCAGACCUAAACCCAAUAGAAAAUCUUUGGAGGGAGCAAAAACACCAUGUUUCUCAGCAACAGGCCAGAAACCUGUUUGAUCUAGAGAAGAUCUGUGUGGAGGAGUGGGCCAAAAUCCCUCCGGCAGUGUGUGCAAACCUGGUGAACAACUACAGGAAACGUUUGAUCGCUGUAAUUACAAACAAAGGCGACUGUACCAAAUAUUAACAUUGGUUUUGUCAGGUGUUGAAAUACUUACUUGCAGCUGUAACACACAAAUAAAUCGUUAAAAAAAUCAUAUGUUGUGAUUUCUGGAUUUUUCUUUUUAGAUUAUCUCUCUCACAGUGGACAUGCACCUACGAUGAA